ACGUUAUUUUUAUUGUUAUCUUAGUUAUUAACAUCGAUUCAUUGAUCAACUCAUCACAGGAAAAAUUGGCAUUAUGAUCAUCACAUUACCUUCAAAACGAUGCAGCCUCUUCAUUGGAUUAGUGGUAUUAAUGACCACCGCAGUAUUAUUUGUGUUCGUAUAUUCGCUAGUCUCCGUCAAAGAAAUUCAGGACCCCGAAUUUCCCGAGCCACCAUCAAGUUUGCCAAUGGGAGUAUACGACAAGGUUGGUGUCGUAUCUAACGGUGGACCCUGCUCACAAAUUGGAGUGGAUGUAAUGUCAAAAGGCGGAAAUGCAAUAGAUGCAGCUAUAGCUACUUUGCUAUGCGACGGUGCAGUUUGUCCACAACAAAUGGGUAUUGGUGGUGGAUUUAUAAUGAGCAUUUACAACGCAACGACCAAAAAAGUAAUGAUGAUCAACGCACGCGAAACGGCGCCGGCCUUAGCAAAUACAUACAUGUUUGUAAAUGAACCGAUAAAAUCUAUGUAUGGAGCACUAGCGGUUGCAAUUCCAGGAGCCCUUAAAGGCUACUCGACCAUAUAUAACUUAUACGGUGGUGGUGUACCAUGGGAAACGUUGUUUGAUCCAACCAUAAAACUAUGCGAAGAGGGUAUAACGAUCAGUGAUCAUUUAGAUUUUUCUUUAAAAUUUGAUGAAGAUUUGAUAAAAAAUGAUACAAUCCUCAGAAACAUUUUUCUCAACGAGAACAGUGGAUACUUGAAGACGUCAGGAGAAACAUACAGGUUACCAAAGUUAGCAAAAACUCUAAAAAUCAUAGCAAAAGAAGGUACAAAUGCCAUAUAUAACGGAUCGCUAACAUCAAAAUUAAUACACGAAUUCAGAAAACACAAUGGUAUUAUUACAAAAAAAGACUUAGCAGAUUAUAAGGUUGAAAUUGAAGAAUCUUUUUCAGUUAACUUAACAAGUGGACAUACAAUACAUUUAGGACCACCACCUAGUUCUGGUAUAAUAUUAGCUUAUAUUCUCCGUGUAUUAGACGGUAUUUUACCGGCGCCUGAUGUUGGCUUAGAUGAACAUCGGUUGGUUGAAGCUUUUAAAUUUGGUUACGGUGAACGAUCCCAUUUAGGAGACCAUCAGUUCAUUGACGUAUCUCAAAUUUAUAAUAAAGUAAAAUCGGAUAGUUACAUUAAGAGUAUAAGAAAUAAGAUUCUUGAUGAUUUUACAUCGUCAGAUCCGAGAUACUAUGGGGGUGAUUUUUAUACUCCAGAGGACCAUGGAACGGCUAAUAUAGUUGUAACCGAUUCGAUGGGAAACGUUGUCGUAUGUACCAGUACAAUAAAUACAUUUUUUGGAAGUGGUUUCGUGUCACCCAGCACUGGCAUCAUUUUUAACAAUCAAAUGAACGAUUUCUCUACUCCUGGAGUCACCAAUUUUUACGGAAUCCCAUCGUCACCAGCCAAUUACAUAAAACCAGGAAAACGGCCAAUGUCUUCUAUGUGUCCGACUGUAUUUACCGACGAUAAUGGUGACUUUGUUCUCGGAGCAGGAGCAGCUGGAGGAUCAAAAAUCACUCUUACUACAGCAUACAUGGCUGCCCAUAAAUUAUGGUAUAAUAAUACGUUAAAAGAAGUAUUGGAUAAACCUAGAAUAUACCAUCAACUUGUACCUAUGGAAAUUAAAUAUGAAUAUCGAACGACAAAAAAUGUUGUACAAAAGCUUAAAGACAUUGGUCAUCCAGUAAGAAGGAUGGAUUAUACUCGAGGUUCAGCAGCAUCGGCUAUUAGUAAAUCCCCUACAGGAACGAUUGAAGCUAUGUCAGAUUUUCGACGGCCAGGGAAUACAUCAGGAUAUUAAUAUGACUACGUAUAUAUUGUAUAUGUUUAUCAAUUGACUAUUUUCAGUAUUUUU